GAGUGCCUGCAACCUGUAGACUGAGAGAGAGAGAGAGAGAGAGAGAGAGAGAGAGAGAGAGAGAGAGAGAGAGAGAGAGAGAGAGAGAGAGAUGGACGGAGUUGCUCAUGGGAGUGAUAGGAAACUGGGAGAAGAGAGGCCUCCCCGUAUCAUGAAUGUGAACAUUGGAGUGUUAGGCCACAUAGACAGUGGGAAGACUAGUUUGGUGCGUUCGCUAAGCACUCUUUUGUCUACUGCCUCUCUUGACAAGCAUCCUCAGAGUAUGGAGAGGGGCAUUACCCUAGACCUUGGAUUCUCUGCCUUCUUGACUGAUGUACCGGCUCAUCUUCCUUCUUUGCCCUAUGACAAAGUCCAGUUCACUCUUGUGGAUUGUCCCGGUCAUGCAUCUUUGAUCCGCACGAUCAUGGGAGGUGCCCAGAUCAUCGACAUGAUGAUUCUCGUAGUGGAUAUCACAAAGGGUAUUCAGACGCAGACGGCCGAGUGUCUAGUCAUUGGUGAGAUUUCCCCUUGCCGCGACAUGAUUGUGGCCCUCAACAAGGUCGAUUUGUUACCUGAAGCGGCCAGGACUCAGCAAGCGGAGAGAAUGAAGAAGAGGUUGAGGGCCACAUUCCAAGGGACAAAAUUUGCUGGCUGUGAUAUGGUAGUUGUUGCUGCUCGGCCAGGAGGCCCGGACGGAGAAGCAGCAGGGCUUCAAACUCUAGGCAUGGACGACUUGAUGGCUUCCAUGUCGCGCGCCAUCAAAGAUCAGCCCCCCAUGUCCACUGCGAAGGACAAUCAACUGCCGUUUUUGUUUGCCAUUGACCACUGCUUCCCGAUCAGAGGGCAGGGCACGGUCUUGACGGGCACCGUCCUGCAAGGAGCGGUUUCCGUCAACCAAAUGAUCGAACUGCCGCCGCUGAAGUUGCAGCGGAAGGUGAAGAGCAUGCAGGUGUUUCAUCGGCCUGUGUCUUCUGCACGCCAGGGGGACAGAGUGGGGCUCUGUGUCACACAGCUGGAUUCAAAGCUCCUGGAGAGAGGUCUUGCUGCGGCGCCUGGCUCGGUCCCGAUGCUGAGUGCGGCAGUUGCAAGCGUUCGGAAGAUUCGCUUCUUCAAAGGAAGGAUAUCUUCAAAGGGGAAAUUGCAUAUCACAGUGGGUCAUUCAACUGUUAUGGCAGACGUAAUGUUCUUCACGGGCGAGGGGGAAGGUGGCACUGCCGGGACAGGGCACCAUGCCCGUGGGAUCUCACCCUUGCCACCUGAGGAUGGCGGAUGUGACUUUGACCUCAGCAGAGAUUACCUCUAUCAAGACGAACUUGCUGAGGACGAGAAAAUGGGAAAACCAGAUAAGACUGGUCCCACGGACCAGCGAACGGGUGCUAGCGCCUUGCAUGGUUCUCAGCGCCAUUGGGCUUUGCUGUUGUACGAUUCACCGAUCUAUUGUCCGAUCGGGUCCCUUCUGAUAGGUUCUCGGCUUGACGCUGACAUACAUGUCAAUCAGUGUAGGCUCGCCUUCCAUGGCAAUCUGGUGAAGGCUAUCGAUCCCGAAAAGAAGGAGACAUUGCGGGUCUACAAGAUGAAGACCAAGGAAGGCAUGAUCGAGAGGUUUGUCGACGAACAUACAGUGAUCGGCAAGGGAAUGUUCAAAAAGGAGACGGAUAUGUCUUUAUUCACAGUGAGUUUGCUCAGUGAGUAUGUGAGAUGUUCUUCUGUGUGUGACAGGCAGCAGGGAGGGGGAAUCACACGCCACACGCCACUGCAAAGCGUGAAAGGCGGACUUUUCAUCGAUGGACAGAUGGGUGAAAAUGCACAUCUUGUUGGCAUCCCUUGAUCCAUCUACUCCAGAUCGUCUGUAUGCAAAGUCAUCAGAUCCAAUCGGAGGGUCCACGUGCGGCCAAAUGGACAUGUUCUGUCUUUGCAGUUUUCACGGCUGUCCUUGAACAGCUUGUUCGGCAGCAUUCAUUUGACUGGCUCAGUGCCCAUGUCUCAAGCGAGUUCGUCGUGAAUCUCUGCUGACCCUGCAAAAGAAGAACAUCCACGGUGGGUUGGCCUCUGUGAGCUGCAGCUACUGUUUCCAGGCAUGGCUGCUUCAAUCUUGCCUAAGACGGUGGGGUGGAUGAGGAGCGUGCCAGCGCAGACAUUCGAUAGCGAAGGUACUGGACAUCAAGAUCAUUCGUCGUUGGGCAACUGCCUGACGAAGAGGAAUGGCGCGAUGCUUUGGCAUUCAUCAGUAUCAUCGGAGGACCAACAUCAAAGAGUCAGAUGCAGGCCACACUACCCUUGUGGUGGUCCUUGCAAGGGUCUGACGAGCAUGGGUUCGUCUCAUUGGCGCGUAAGGGCCGGCCGACAGAAUAGCGUACUGCUAUGGCUAGCAACGUCAUUGUGCAAGCACACGGAAGGAAAGACUGUUGUUGCAGUGGGGUGCCUUGGCAGUUGCCCUGAUUCUCAUCACCUGGCCUGGAAGAACACUCAUGGUCGUCGUCAUCAAGAAAAAACUUGCAGUUUCUGUGAUCGCUUUCAGCCUCUUUAUGCAAGCAGGGUUACUCAAUGGUCACAGUACGGCGACUGCUUGCCAUUGCAGUCGUCCGGCAACAACCGCCUUUCGCUUUCGAGGAGGGUUCUGCGUCGUAAAAAGCACCAACUGAAUCUAGCACUGGAGUCUCUGCUGAAGUCGUCGGUCCGGCUUCUGUUGCGGGUCCAGGGUCUAUGGAAAGGGCAAUGUCAAGAUCGUCUUGGAGUAGAUAGAAUAAGGCAUAGGAGGGAGAGAGCAGUCGCAAGUUCAUCUGACAGCAGGGACGAAGAUCUGGCAAAAGCGCAGAGCGAUAUCCCCGGUAAGACGACAUUGAAAGGCUGGACACGACCACGCAACAACACUGCGCGUGAACAUUGCGUAUGGGUGGUCCCUUGGUCUGGAUUUACGAUCUUUAAGGUCAUGGUUCUUUGGUUCACGUCCUUCUGGCUCGUUGGAUCUUGGAUCAUCCCGAUGGCCGCCCAAGCAGUGGGAUUCCGACGUGCAUCGCUCUCAUUCCGAGGCCAGGCCGUGUACAGCCUGAUUACGGAUAUGGCUGAGAUGACGGUUGGCCUGAGUAUUCUUCACCAUUCAUUGGCACGUUUUCAGCCGCUUCCAGGUGAGUGGUUCCCAGUCAAAUUGAGAGGUACGUGGGUGCUUGAGGCUUUUGCUGGUUGCCUUCUCUUUCCAGUUGUGAAUAUGCUCUCUCAACUCAACCUCAAUCUCCUGCCAACCCCCGGGGCCGCGCAGUCCGCAAUGCAGUUAGACCAGGCAUUGACACCGAAAGAUCCAAUUGCAACGAUCCUAUAUGUGCUUGUAGUGUCCGUGUGUGCUCCCAUCUGGGAGGAGGUGAUUUUUCGCGGCUUUUUGCUGCCUUCGCUAACGCGGUAUUUGCCAGUCUGGGCCUCAGUAGGAGUCAGCGCACUCGCAUUCGCUCUGGCUCACUUCAGCAUGCAAAGACUUCUGCCGUUGUUGUUUCUUGGCGUUGUCAUGGGUGUUGUCUUUGUCCGCUCACGAAACCUCCUCGCCUCAAUGCUCCUUCACAGCUUAUGGAAUGGCUUUGUCUUUCUUGAGCUUCUCAGGUAGCAAAUGGAAACAAUGUGUCCCAUCUCAUCUCAACAGUCUAUUUGAAUAUCCCGCUCCUGUGUUCCAUCAUUUCACCUGCUCAUACCCACAUAAUUUACCUCUGAGCACACAGUGAUUGAUUGAUUGAUAGAUAGAUGCAUAGUUAGAUAGAUAGAUAGACACGC